AUGAUAAAAAAAUCUAUAUGAGAAACCCCUUCUAAUUGAAAAUCAAGAAGAGAAUCCACAGGCUUUGUAUCACAUAUAGUGACUAGAAGAAAUCCAAAGCCUUAUUCUGAAUCUGAUAGUCAUAAUUUAGCAAAAACCCAAAAAAGAGAGAGUUCAAGAUCAUACUCGCGCAAAGAUAAGGUAAAAGAGCUAUUAAAAAUAUUGCAGUUUAUCGAAAAACAUUAUUCCACAAAUAAAAAUUUAGAAUCAGCACAAGAAACAAGCUACUCUACUAGAGAUUCACAGAAAGAAUCACCAAGAAUGCAUACUGAAAAUAUUUUUGAGGCAGAAAGGCUACCUCUAAUAAGGCAUGGCUAUGGAGGUAUUAUAGGCUUUGAAAAUGACUUAAAAGCCAGGCUGUGCCAAAAUAAAAGAAAUUCGAUUAAUGGCAAUUUUAAUAAUAAUGAAAAAGCCUAUGAAAUUUUAGUUGAUAGAAAUAGCGGGGCUAAAAAAUCAUUCCGCACGUCAAAAUAUAUUUUACUACCAAAAUCUGGGACAGAUAGCACAAUUCCAGAACAAGGAAACAAAAGGCAAAUAGAGCAAAAUGCUUGAGUUUCUGUUGAAGCUCCGAAAGUGAGCAUAAGAAAAGUUAAUAAACUAAAUAAAUCAUUUGAUGUUGAAGACUUAGCAAGUAUUGAUUCUCCGACUAGAAAGAAUAGAAGGAAAAAUAAUGAAAAAAGCAUAGAAGAUGAAGGGUUUGCGCUAAUCGGAUGGGAAGUUGGCGACUAA